AGUUAUAACAGUAGGGGAGCGUAAGAUGCAGAUGAUAUGAUGUAACAAGUAUAUCGGGAAGGUCGUUAUCAAUUAUUCGUUGACGAGCAUUCGUCAGCUGUUGUGAAUCUCCGUGUCCUCACGCAAAUUUCUUUGCGCCUCAUUAUUUGUACAACGCUUGUAUGUUCAUAAUAAUAGUUGUUGAUUCGAGUGUUACGUGUGGAUGUGGUGUGAGUGUGUGGUACUGUUGCCUGGUGGGUGUUGUAGUGCACGGUGCACCAGACAAGACAAGGUCACUAUUGGGCAGCCUGGCUGGUGCCUCUCAGGCUCUCAGCCUCACUUACUCCUCAGUGAUAACGGCCUCAGAGUUGACUUGAGAGAGUAAUAACAAUGGGGGAGCAACGAGCAGCCAGGUGGUACUUCGGAGGUAUGGCUUCCUGUGGGGCUGCGUGCUUCACGCACCCUCUCGACCUCCUCAAGGUCCACCUUCAGACACAGCAAGUUGCCCGGCUCAGUGGUGGACAGAUGGCACUGGAAAUAGUGAAAAAGCAAGGUUUUCUGGCCCUUUAUAAUGGUCUGUCUGCUUCUCUCUUGCGACAACUUACCUACUCCACCACUCGCUUUGCCAUUUAUGAGGUCAUGAAGCAGCAGAUGGCAGAUGCUAACAAUGCUGUACCUUUCUACAAGCGAGUGUUAAUGGCAGGGUUUGCUGGGGCAUGUGGAGGAUUUGUGGGUACUCCAGGAGAUAUGAUCAACGUCCGAAUGCAGAAUGACAUCAAGCUUCCUGCAGACCAAAAAAGAAACUACAAGCAUGCACUGGAUGGUGUAAUAAGAGUGGUGAGAGAGGAAGGAGUGCCCAGGCUCUUCCGUGGUGCCUCUACAGCUACCUUCAGGGCAGUGCUGAUGACCAUUGGCCAGCUGUCUUUCUAUGACCAGAUCAAAGGAUUCCUGUUGACCACUCCAUAUUUCAGUGACAAUCUCAUCUGCCACUUUACCUGCUCUUUGGCUGCUGGAGCCAUUGCUACAACCAUGACCCAGCCUGUAGAUGUAAUCAAGACACGUGCUAUGAAUGCAGGCCCAGGAGAAUUUAGGGGUCUCUGGCACAUCAUUACAUACACCGGCAAGAUGGGACCUGGUGGAUUCUUUAAGGGAUAUGUUCCAGCUUUUGUCCGUCUUGGCCCACACACAAUCAUCACUUUCAUUUUCUUUGAGCAGCUGCGAAAAAACUUUGGGAUACUAAAGCAGCCUACUGCAUAAAGACAAGGACAAUCUUAGAAAACAGGAAAGCAAAAAGAAUUUUUUUAUUUUCAUUUCAAUAUUAAUGCCUUUAGUUGAAGCAUUUUCAUUUUAAGGGGCUAAAAAUUUCAAUAAAAUAAUUCAGUCCCUCACCUUCGUGCUUCCAAUUCCAGGUCCAAGUAGUGUAUUGUUCUGUGUUGUCAAUAGAAAGAGUUAGCACAUGUGGAAGACUUACUUAAUAAGACUUAUAUGACAUUGUGAAGGUACUGAAGUUCCUUUAUUAGAACUUUGACCUCAGGAAUUGUUCGAAGAGAUGCAAAGUGUUCUUACAAACAAUCAUGUGAGUAUAUUUUAAAAUGUUUAGUUGUCUUGUAAUCAAUAAUGAUUUAAAAAUAAGGAAACUGAUAACAGAUAUUUGACAGAACCAUAGGAGGAUGACAGAUUUCUUUUAAUUGUUUUUAUUUUUCUAUGCUGGAAGGAGGUGUUCACACACACACACACACACACACACACACACACACACACACACACACACACACACACACACACACACACACACACAAUAAGAUGGACUGAUGGCAUACAAAAAUGAUAACAGUUUCUUGACAAAUCAUAGUAUGAUGUAAAAUCUGAACUAUGCAGUUUGUUGAUGAUUCUUCAUUGUAAUCUUAUCCCAGCAUUUUCAAGUAAAAAUUUGAAUACCAAGCUUUCUCAUACACAAUGGAAGGUAAUUCAUGGUGUAAAUGUGUCUGCUACUCCUGAGUGAUCCUUUCAAUGAAAUAUUUCAAUUAAACAGAAAAGAAUGGUUUCAAUUACUUGAAGUAAAAAAUUACAUGAUAAUGCAUGUAGAUUUCCCAAAAAUAUGACAACAUUAUAUUCCAGGAAGUUAAACAAAAAUAUAAUCAAGGAGAGAAUGUGUUCGCUGCAAUAAAGGCUCACAGAAUGGAGCCGACACUUGUGAUAACUUAUAUAAUGUAUUCAUAUCAUAGUUGACCAUAAACAAAGUAGGUAAUGGGCCAUGCACUUAGACUUGAUAUAGACAGACAUUUCUGGUUAUCUGUGGAAAGGUGCCCUCUUCCUGAUGUUACCCCUGCAUCAAGUCCUUAGAUUCACAUACAUAUUUCAACACAUGCAUCCUUUGAUGAGAGAUUAUGUGACAGUAAAAUAAUGAUGCAUCAAAACUAAUAAGAUUUUUACUAGGUCAAAGUAGAAUUGGACUACUUAAGAUAUUUUAUGUUUUUUGUAGGUGUUGAUUCUUUUUGUUACGUUUGGCAGAAUUUUCAUUUUAUCUUUUCAACCUAAUUUUCUUGUUUGUUGCCCUUGAGAUAUCAGUACAGUAUUGUGUCAAGACUUCUUAUAAGAAGUAGUAGCUACUUAUUGUUGCGAUAAGACCCACAGUAAAGAGAUGUCAUAGUUUACAAGUAUCAGAACUUGGACUUGUACUGCCAUAGUGUAUUGUGUGUUGUGAUUAUGAGUGUCCUCUUGUCAUGAAAACAUGGUCUCAGCAUGAGUUGAAUUAUAUCUUGGUACUGUCAUUGCUCAGAAGAUAUGAUAGAUAAUUGACUUUGAUAGGAAUAGAUUUACGUGUUAAAAGAAUUCUUUGCCUAGCUUCAGAAAUUGCUCAUUUUAUAAAGUUUUGUUUCAUGAGCACCAUUUCCUUUUUUAUAAACUCUUUCAGUAAUUUGAUAUUGUCAUAGAUGAGCAUUAUUGCAAUAACAUUAUCAGUUUAUUGGUUAUCCAAUGAUUAUUUUUUCCAUGUAAUCAAUUCAUCGGUAUCACUGAUACUUUUGGUCCCAACAAGCAAUAAUAAUUAUGUAAUUUUUUAAUAUGAGUAUGUUGAAGUUUUUAGCUUUCAAAAUCAAUUGUAGUUAUUUUAUGUAAAGAAAUGCUUUUCAUUUGUGAAGAAACAAGUUAUCAUUGAAUUUGAAAAUAUUACUAAUAUUCUUUUUUCUUUUUAGAAAAGGAUAGAAUAACUUUAUAACUUAAAAUAUCAGCAUUGUUAUUGCAGGAAUUUUGGGCUUAUCUAUUUAUCAGUGAUUGCUUAUCAGGUAAUAAAUUUAUUAUCAGUUAUCCAUUAUCAGUUAUCACUCAUAGUUAUUGAUAUCAUUUUUAUCAUUUAUGGUGACAGUUAUUAAUUUUAUUUAUUUAUUUAUUCAUUAAUUAAUUCAUUUAUUUUUAUUUAUUCUAUUUUAUUAUUUAUUUUUUCCACCCAAGUAUGAAUAGUGUGCAGCAGCACUGUUCUUCAGUUUGUUGAUAGUUAUAAUGAAAAUGUGCAGUGAUUAACCUAUGUGGAAGGACUGAGUAUACAGGGAUGACAUUUGGUGUUUGACACUGUUGAUAGUAGUAUUUCAGUGCAAUAGUAAUGUUAUAAAUGUUGAUGUCAUGUUUAACUGAAAAUGUCCUUAGCUUUUUGCCACUACGACAAUAUUUUGUGUAGCAAUCAUGAGACUGCAUGUGAUCAUUAAGAGAGAGUUGUAGACUUAAUAAGGGAAAAUUCCUCUCCCUUUAUAAAAUUUUGUGGAAAUUUUUUUUUUAUCCAGAUAUUACCAUGAUUCAGUUAUCAGAAAUUUACUUCUGAAGGAAAGUUGUGUAUAAGCCUGUGCUCAAAUUUGAUCGGAUAUGGUCUGCAUAGUAUUAGAGUUUGUGGUUUCAGCUUGAAUUAUACAAAUCAGCAAUAUACACUGUGCAAUUAACAUAUGAAAUACAGUUGUCAUCAUCAGAAUAUUAGUUCAUAUCAUGAGUUUUUCAGUGAUAUAAAGUAAAACCUCAUUAACUCAUGCUUCAAUAGUGUCCUCUUUAGAAUAACUUGUAGAACCUCUUAAAGAAAAGGCAACUCGUAAAAACUGGAUUCACCUUGUUAGAUUUGUAGAAAUAUGACAAACAUGAAUGGCCCAUAAAAACAACCUCAGUGAGGACUUAUGGAUUAUAAUAAAACCUAAUUGUACUGACCCAUAGGGCGAGGUGGCUGAUAAUCCGUGUGACAUUGCCAUAUUUCUCAUCACUUCAAAGAAAACUGAAUAACUGUUCUUUGUUCAAUUUAAUGUAUGGCUUCGCUAAGAAUGGGAGAGCGGGGACAAGGCAUGCAGGUGCCACAGGUAAAUUAAGUACAGUAAAGUUGAUGGUUAUAAAAGUGAAAAUGAGGCUGAUAAUAUACCUAAUAUUUACUGUUAUGUCCUCUUGCAAUACCCAGUGUAAUAUAAUGAGUGGGGAAAAGAAAUGUAAGAUGGACUAUUUUAUUUCACUUAUUGCCCCAAGCUGACUUGUCAUCGAAGUUUGUUAUUGUUGCAGAGCAGUUCUUUUUUGGAGAAGUAAAUAAAGGCUGAUAGAGAUGUGGUGCUGUGGUGCAUAUUUUGUUUGCGCUGGAACAAAUAGAAAUUCUCUUCACCAUGGCUUCAGAUAUACCAGCUGUAUCUGCUGUCCUAUUCCUCGCUCGAUUUGUGGGUAAAAGUGGUCCUCGAUUUACGUUUUCUUUUAAGAGUAUAUCUAUUAACUCUGUCAACGGAUUCUUUGGUUUGACUGUACAACACACAGUAAGAUGGAGAAGCAUCAGUGUGUCUUUCCAUCGUGGCGACCAGAUGAGAAGUGAGUUAAUAUGCACCUGAGUGGUGACCUGACUCACCCCCCUUCCCCCCCAGGGAAAAUCCCGCCUCAGAUCGAGUUGCAGCAUCACCUGACGUGAUAUGCCACAUCAUCAUACAUGUAAAUGAAACACCUUCAUUUGAUUUGGUAUAUAGCACUUAUUUGUAUCACCUGCUAUUUAAUGAAAUAGUCAGAAUAUUCCUAGAACACUGUUUGUUGAUAAUAACUAUGAUUAAAGAACUGUGAGUAGUAUAGGCUUAAUGUUUUGGUUGGAAAUCUGGCAGAAUGAUAAACAACACCCUACAGGUCAGUACAGUUUUUAGUUUUACUAUAGUCAUUCAGUUUAGUUGGUACUAAACCAAACACCCACAGGUUAGCUUCCUGUCAGUAGCUCCACUGUUUACCACUACCAAUCACUUGUUGUGUACAGGAUAGUAUACGGUUUUUACAGGUACCAGUUAUUUUCCCUUUUAGUUAUUACUUUUGAGCAGCUCAUAUAUUGUAUCCCAUUUGUAAAAACUUAAAAUUUUCCCAAUAUCAGCAUUCCUAUGACAACUUUGAUAAACUGCAAAUUUACAUUUUAUGCUUACCUUAAUUAAUGAUCCUCCUAAUGAAACAAAGUCUUUCCUAACUUGUUAGAAUGGACAUUUCUUUUAUAACACUUGUAGGGACAUUAAAGACACCAAAGAAGAUUAUUAUUUCUAGCUACGAAUGUGGUAAUGGAAACUAAUGUGAUCUACCCACAACUUGAAUUGAGUGUAUGUGCUGGUCUGUAUUACAUUGGAAAACAUUAAGGAGAGUGAUUAAGAGGCCACCUACAUCUUGCCAAAGGCCUUCCAUACCAAAAUGAGUUCUAUUAGUUUUUAAAUCUUGUAAUAUGUAUAAUGUACAUCUUGUAAGAAAGCUAACUUGUAAAGGCUUGGAACUCAAUUAGCAUGAGCUAAUGAGGAUUUACUGUACAGUGGUCUCCAGAGUUGUGCAUUCAGGAUUCACAAAAAAGCCAUUUCUGCACAAAACCAAAAGUUUCAUUCUCAGCAUCUCCAUUAAUUUUUCUAGAGUUUCACAUUAUCUCUUUCAUUCACUCAAAGGUAUUGCCAUAUACCAGAAAAAUCAUGCAAUUAACUCAUAAUAUUUGUUCACAGGUAUUUUGUUUAUUGUUGUUGUCAUGAUUGUUAUUGUCCUAUUGAGGUGUGAAUGUCUGAUAAACACUUUGAAGACUUGUCAACACACCUCAGGAGAUGAUAUGUGUUGUAACUUGUCAGGAACGGAGAUGAAGGAAGCCAAAGGCCAUCCAAUGAUGACAUUUGUACUUUUAUUUCUUCUUGUUGUCUUGUUUAUUUACUUCAAUAUAUCACAUCUCCACCUCAUGACAAUGUCUCUUGGAGUACAACAAUUGAAGUAAGAGAUUGUACUAUAUAUCACUGAUUAAGCUAAUUAAGGAUACUGUUUACUCUAAUAUGCCAUUACAGUGUACUAUGGUUCAGAAAAAUGUCUGCUGAUAUAGUGUAAUGUACCUUACUGCUUUGUGGUUGAAAUAAUUAAUGAAGAACAUGGAAAAGAAAGAAAACAUUUGACAAAUGUGUCAAAAUGAACAAAUAUUUUGACAGGACAUAUCACAAUAGUUCUGGUAUUGAAAUUCAACAAUUUACAUCCAAAGAGCAAACACUGAACUCAAUAAGAUUCCUAUAGUAAUUUUCACAUCAGUGUAUUAUGUACUCUCCUUUAAAUAUUCAUGACGAUUUCUUGUAAUCUGUCACUGUCAUCUUUGUCAGUAAAAUUUUUAUAAGAAUUAAAAGCCUAAAGCAGUCCAAUGCUUCUUCAUAGUGAAAUAUAUUGACUCCAUACUUCAUAAUAUUAACCUUUUUAUUUGUUUCAAUUCAUAUGAAAAUACUGAAGGCAUCAGCAGUAAAUAAAUAGAUAAAUGCAGAGCCUAAGGCCCUAACAUCCUUAAAGAAAUCAUACAUUAUUUGUGAUUAUAAUGAUAUUGUUGAAUACAUAUUUAAUUGGCAAGUGGUGAGUCCUAUGUGAGUCUGAGUUGUCCCUAUGCCAAGUUGUGCCUUAACAUAUCACUUUCACCUCAGAAGACACUGGGAAAAAUUUGUGAUUUUUAAGGGAAAAUACAGUGCUAAAUUUUAUACGGUGCUCAGCAUAGUACUGUUCUGUCAUUAUUUUGCCUGUGUUAUUCUUGUAGUUGGCCUAAACACAAACAAGACAGUUCAUAAUAGAGACAAAAGAAAGGUACCUAAAGUUAUGAAAUUAUAUGUUGCAAUCAAUGUAAAGCCCUUUGAAAUAUUCCAUAGAAUGUUAUUGUAGCUGCUAUCCAUGAAAUGUAUAAAUAAUGUAAAUACAAUGAGAAUAUAUA